GGGGAGUAUGGGUUUCAAAGCGUCAGGUGUAUUUGUUUAUUAUAACGUUAGGGUUAUUUUUGGCAUUGAUGUAAUCAAACUCAAAGGUUGUUCAGAAACACUUCUUUGUGCCUUAAAAGUUUAAAAGCCUUUUUUUGACAGGCUUUGCGUGAUUUCAUUAUGGCACUCAAUACGCUGUUUAUUGUAAUAAUAUCGGCUUCUGCUUUCAUUCUUUCUUUUGCGACAGUCUGGCAGUUUGUUGUAUUUUUGUCUUCACAUGACAUACUCCGAUACUACCGUUCUAAGCAUGUGGGUGCGGCUGACCAAGAAAUUCAGUAUCAAUAUUCAAAUAGUGUUCUGUGGGCUGUCAUGGUGGAUGCAAUUCUGAUUCUUUUCUUUGUUGGAGAACAUACGCUUAUGGCUCGUCGGUCUACCAAGGAACGUUUAAAUCAGUUGAGUCUCGGUGUGUUGGCUCGCUCCCUGUAUGUUCUUGGGACUUGUUUGACUUUACAAAUUUUAAUGAAAUAUUGGCACCCACUACCCUGCGGAACAUUGUGGGAGAUAGAUACAUUGCAUCAUCCAUUUUGGUGGUGGCUCUUUGUACUGACCCAUAUAGCAGCAUGGGUUGUCGUGUAUGGUGGCUCUGUCAUGAUGGACCUUCCAGAAAUGCUUGGAGUUAAACAG